AAGAGGAGUGGCACCGGCGUCACAGCAAGGGGAGCCCUCCUGAUUGGACGGACAAAAAGCGACGCGGAGUUAACCGAUAUAUCAGCAUCUUGAAAAUUCUGCAGCCCUAUGUUGACGAUAAAAGCAUAAAAAAGGAUGCAAACUAGAAAAAGCCAUUCUGAUCACCUUGCUCAUUUGGUCGCUAAUAGACAGCGGAGGUAAUGUAUAAGAUCUGGGACUUGGUUCUUUUUGUAGGACUCUAACCAACACUGAAAAUGCUAUUCCUUCCACAAAACAUGUGAUGCAGAGGAAAAGCCCUCCAGCAGUCAGCAUUGAAAUAGAUAUUGAAGACGAUGAGGAAACAUCAGCUGUUGAAGACUCAAAUGAGGGUGGAGGGGAUUCGAAAGAGAAGAAGCAGCAGAGAAAGCGACCUACUACAAGACACUCCAAGGGAACAGUGGAAAUCGGGGAAGACUCCGAAGAGGAAAGAGCAACAGCAAAAGGCAGGAAGAGGAACGUGAGAGGAGAGGACAGAAAAGCUGGCAGAGAUGAGGGACCUGAAAAAGAGACGCCUAAGCGCAAAAAGAACACGAGGAACGAACGAGCCAAGAAGCGAGGUUCUGAAGAAGAGGAAGACCCCAAGAAGAGGAAAAAGAGGGGCAAAAGUGCCAAGAGAGGGGCAGAAGACAGUGAUGAAGAAGAGAAAGACAAGAAAACGGGGAAAAAGGACACAAAGGGAAAUGUAAAAACAAAUGACAAAAAGGCAAAGAAAAUCAAGAAGAAAGUAGAGUGCAGUUCGGAUUCUGAGGAAUCUUCUGAAGUAGAAGAUGAAGUCAUUACUGAGGAGGAAUUGGCAAAGCUGAAGGAGGCAGUUGAAGAAAAAAAGAAGUUAAUUGUUACUUUGAGAAACAAACCAUGGCGAAUGAAAAGGAAACUUGAGACUUUGAAGGAAGCUCAGGAGUUUGUCGAAAAAUUUGAAGGUGCCCUCGGCAAGGGAAAAGGAAGAAAAUUUUAUGCUUACAAAGUGAUGAUGCUUAAGAAAUGGAUGAAAUUUCAGCGUGAUUUUGAAAACUUUAGAACUGCCUGUAUACCUUGGGAAAUGAAAAUAAAAGAGAUUGAAAGCCAUUUUGGUUCCUCUGUUGCCUCCUAUUUCAUUUUCCUGAGAUGGAUGUAUGGAAUCAAUAUGGUGUUGUUUGGAUUAACGUUUGGCCUUGUUAUGGUCCCAGAGGCUUUAAUGGGAAAGCCAUAUGGAAGCAUGCCUAGGAAGACUGUCCCAAGGAGUGAGGAGGCCACGGCUAUGGACUUUGCUGUCUUGUGGGAUUUUGGGGGAUAUGCGCAAUACUCAGUAUUGUUCUACGGCUACUACAACAAUCAGCGUGCUGUUGGAUGGCUUAAGUUCCGAAUGCCUUUGUCCUACUUUCUAGUGGGUGUUGGAACAAUUGCCUACAGCUUCAUGGUAGUAAUAAGAACAAUGGCCCGGAAUGCAAAUGAAGAAGGUGGAGGUGAUGACACAAGCUUCAACUUCAGCUGGAAAAUGUUCACCAGCUGGGAUUACCUCAUUGGCAAUCCUGAGACAGCAGACAACAAGUUUGCUUCUAUAACCACUAGCUUUAAGGAAUCCAUUGUUGAAGAGCAGGAAAGCCGUAAAGAAGAAAACAUUCAUUUAACUCGCUUUCUGCGAGUGCUUGCUAACUUUCUCGUACUCUGCUGCCUCGCUGGGAGUGGAUACCUCAUCUAUUUUGUGGUGAGGAGGUCUCAGAAGUUUGCUCUGGAAGGCCUGGAGAACUACGGCUGGUGGGAAAGGAAUGAAGUGAAUAUGGUGAUGUCAUUGUUAGGAAUGUUCUGUCCAACAUUAUUCGAUGUCAUCAGUGCUUUGGAGAACUACCACCCUCGAAUCGCUCUGCAGUGGCAGCUUGGACGCAUCUUUGCCCUUUUUCUAGGAAACCUGUACACCUUUAUUAUUGCUCUCAUGGAUGAGAUCAAUCUUAAACGAGAAGAGGAGGAAAUAGUCAAGUUCAAUAUGACAAUAUGGGAAGCGGGUCUCUACAAUGGGACUUCAACUGGCAAUGCUACUGCCCGUCCGAUACAAGUGGAUCCUGCUGACGUGCCAAGGGGUCCGUGCUGGGAAACCAUGGUGGGGCAGGAAUUUGUGCGGCUCACCAUUUCUGACACUAUGACCACAUAUAUAACACUCCUGAUUGGAGACUUUCUAAGAGCCGUCUUUGUACGAUUCCUCAAUUACUGCUGGUGCUGGGACUUGGAGUAUGGGUUUCCAUCCUACUCGGAGUUUGAUAUCAGUGGGAAUGUACUUGGUCUGAUUUUCAAUCAAGGAAUGAUAUGGAUGGGCGCCUUUUACGCUCCCUGCCUCCCGGCCAUCAAUGUCCUGCGGCUGCAUGUGUCCAUGUACCUGCAGUGCUGGGCUGUAAUGUGCUGCAACGUUCCUCAGGAGCGAGUCUUCAAAGCCUCUGGGUCCAACAACUUCUACAUGGCCAUGCUGCUCGUCAUCCUCUUCCUGUCAACACUGCCCACCGUGUACACCAUCGUUUCCAUCCCGCCUUCUUUCGACUGCGGGCCCUUCAGUGGGAAAAACAGGAUGUUUGACGUCAUUCAAGAGACACUAGAAAAUGAUUUUCCAGCCUGGUUUGGGAAGGUCUUCAGCUAUGUAUCAAACCCUGGAUUGAUUCUUCCAUUCAUACUGCUCAUGGUAUUGGCAAUCUAUUAUCUGCAGUCAACAUCUAAGGCAUACAAGGCUGCCAACCUUGAUUUAAAAAAGAAACUUCAGACGCAAAAUGAAGAAAAUAAAAAGAAGAACAAAAAAGCUGCUUUAAAGGCAGCUAGCGAUUUAGAAGAAGCUAAAAAAGCAGCUCAAAACGAACCGGACAGCAGACCAUCACAGAACAGCACAAAAGAGAAGAAAGUAGCAAGCAGAGAAGGGGAAAGAUCCUGUCCUGGACAGAACAACGGACAACUGUACCCUCCAAAAGGACGAGGAAUGCGCCACGCAGGACUCCCACCACCCCGUAUUGCCCUGACGAGACCGCCAGUGUCUAGGGGACAAGGAAUGUCGGGGUAUUUACCUGGAAACCCAAGAUACCCGGGUCCUAGAAUGCCAAGAUCUCCAAAUACAUACCGUCUUGGGUCAUCGCGUGUUGUGGGCCAUCACUGGCAGUAGCCAUGGAGACAGCUGGGCUGUAGCUCCGGCUCUCCCUGGACUUU